AAGAGCCCCGGCCUGGCAGGAGCGCGAAGGCGGCUCGUGCCCCGCCGCCGGAAGCGGGACGGGGAGAGGUGGCUGUGCCCGCCCGCCCCUGCCCUGGGGGAAAGCGGCGCUGCACCAUGUCGAAUUCUGCAGCAGCCCCCCCCGGGGGAGGGAAGCGUGAUGAAGAGAGCGUGAGCGGCCUCCUGGGCCGGGCGGCAGCCCUGGGGGGGGGGCGCGGCGGGCGGCGGCCCUCAGUUACUGGAGGCUGGGGGGCCCCUCAGUUACUGGAGGCUGGGGGGCCCCUCAGUUACUGGAGGCUGAGGGGCCCCUCAGUUACUGGAGGCUGGGGGGCCCCUCAGUUACUGGAGGCUGGGGGCCCCCUCAGUUACUGGAGGCUGGGGGCCCCCUCAGUUACUGGAGGCUGGGGGCCCCCUCAGUUACUGGAGGCUGGGGGGCCCCCUCAGUUACUGGAGGCUGGGGGGCCCCCUCAGUUACUGGAGGCUGGGGGGCCCCCUCAGUUACUGGAGGCUGGGGGGCCCCCUCAGUUACUGGAGGCUGGGGGGCCCCUCAGUUACUGGAGGCUGGGGGGCCCCUCAGUUACUGGAGGCUGGGGGGCCCCUCAGUUACUGGAGGCUGGGGGGCCCUCAGUUACUGGAGGCGCCGGCGGUGAGCGUGAUCCUGUGUGCGCCUGUAUCGGAAACGCCGUUCCCGCCUGCCUUACCUCCGGUUUGGGAUGGCUCGUCCCCUCGCUGCUCGGUCGGGUGUCCCGCUCGCAUCCGCCUUGCAGCCGGGGAGCCGCCUCAGGCGCGGGGAGGCAAGGUUGUGAAAGCUUUAGGAAGAUGGAGGGGAAAAGGACACAAUCAAAUUACGAAGCUUCAGGUAUGGCUCCAAUUGAAGAAGAGUGUUUUACUGACUCAGUGGAAGCUAAGCAAUUGGCAUCCAAAGCUAACAGGGCGAAGAUAAGAUAUGCUAAUACAUACAGACUGGAGUCACAUAAUAAAUUUCGAGAUUAUUUAGUAAGAGACAAAGCUCAAGAGAUACUAACGAAUAAACUCCAGCAAGCCAAAUAUGAUCGAGAUUCUAGUCCCUCCUUGUGUGUUUCACUCGCAGAUGAAAUAUUAAAGGCUGUGAAGGAAUUCAACUUUGACCGUUAUAAGUACGUGGUAUUAGUACAGAUUGUGGAAAAGACAGGUCAGGCAAUAAAUGUUGCCAGCAGAUGUGUCUGGGAUGAUCAGAGAGACACUUGGGUUUCAGCAAAAUGUGAAACUGAAACAUUUAUUGCACUGGCUUUGGUAAUGGCUUGUUACUACGAUUAAUACUCUAAAGUGGUUUUGUGUAUCACAGUACCUGCCAUAUUUGAAAAAUUUCAGAAUGUCAUUAUUUUAGUACCAAUUUUUGUCCUAGUGCUGUUGGCCCAUAUAGUUGAGAUUACUUUGCUCAUUUUUCUCUGUUCAAAAAAAAAAAAAAAAAAACAAAAAAACAAGAAAAGCUUUUGAAAUGUGUAUGGUUGAGUACAUAUGGGCUUCAUCUGUCGUAAUGCUCUGCUGUGGAAGUUGAAGCAGCUGGUGUAAGGCCAAACUUUGCAAAAUUUUGAAUGUUCUUGUCUGUUGCAUGCCUAGAGUUGUUAACGAACGUUUACAAUAAAUUGCAGGUAUUGGUCUUCUUAAAA